GCAAACGCAUAGAGCAGCAUCAGUCGAGUACAUUUUUCUCUCCGCUCAAUAUAUAUAGGUCCUGUACUAUUAUAGGUGUAUAUUAUAAAUUCUAAAGUAAACACUGAAAUUAUAGUAGUUUAUACAGACACUGAAAGGAUAUAAAAAGAAAUACUAUGGCGGACAAAAAUAAUAUUUUGUACUUGUUCGAUCGUCCAACUGAACCUAUAUUCAUUGGAAAAGGCGAUGACAAUGUGUCUUUCGAUGUACCCACUGAAUACCUGACCGACCGUUAUAAGCCAUUGGCGUCGGAUAUCCAAACUCGUUUUCCCGGCGGUAAAACAGUUCCAAUAACUAAGUUGAACAAUAUUCCUGACUUGUCGAUUCCACUGGGACUUAAGAGAGAUGUGCCGUUUUCGCUUUUCAACCCGUCCCACAGUAAAAUGGCUGGCAAGCUCAUUGAGAUUCUAAUGAACGCGAAAUCCUACGACGAUCUCUUGUCGCUUUCCGUGUAUUGUCGAGACCGGAUCAACCCGUACAUGUUUACUUACGCAUUGUCCGUAGUGUUGAUACACAGACCCGACACUCGAAAUUUGAGACUACCAUCUCACUCCGAAAUGUUUCCAAGUCUGUAUAUGGACUCUUCAGUGUUCGCCCGCGCCAGAGAAGAAUCCGCUGUGGUCCAAGCCGGUUCUAGGACUCCCAUCGAAAUACCUCACGAUUAUUCUGCCAACAACCUGGAUGCGGAGCACAGGAUUAGCUAUUUCCGAGAAGACAUCGGCAUUAACCUUCAUCAUUGGCAUUGGCAUUUGGUUUACCCAUUUGACGGACCACUCAACAUUGUAAAUAAGAACAGGCGUGGUGAAUUAUUUUUUUACAUGCACCAACAGAUUUUAGCUAGAUACAACAUGGAGCGGUUAAGUAAUAGUAUGAAUAGAGUAGUUCGUUUAACCAACUGGGAACAACCGAUUGCAGAAGGUUACUUCCCAAAAUUGGAUAAUAUUCUAGCCAAUCGCGUGUGGCCCCCUAGACCAGUUAAUGCUGUACUUCAAAAUAUUAGCAGAGAAGUAGAACAAAUCACGUUUGACAUCGAAGAUCUUGUGCGUUGGAGAGACCGAAUAUUCAAUGCUAUUCAUUCUGGAUUUAUUAUUAACACUGCAGGUCAACAAGUCAGAUUAACCGAAAAUGAAGGAAUAGACAUAUUGGGAAAUCUUAUCGAAGCUAGUAUAUUAAGUCAAAAUCCAAAUUUGUACGGUUCUCUUCAUAAUAAUGGCCACAACGCAAUUGCUUAUAUUCACGAUCCUGAUAAUAGAUUUUUGGAAAACUAUGGCGUUAUGGGAGAUUCGGCGACAGCUAUGCGGGAUCCAGUAUUUUACCGUUGGCACGCAUAUAUUGAUGAUAUAUUUCAAGAAUUUAAAGCUACAAUACCCAGUUAUAACGUUCAAAAUUUGGGCUUCGACAACGUAGCUGUGUCAAGCGUAGAAGUAACAGCUACUGGGUUGCCGCGUAAUGAAUUUGCGACGUUUUGGCAACAAAGUGACACCGACUUAUCGAGAGGCUUAGACUUCUUGCCACGUGGAUCGGUAUUUGCAAGAUUUACUCACUUACAACACGCUCCAUUCAGUUAUAGGAUUGUAGUUGAGAAUAAUGGAAAUCAACGAAUUGGAACAGUUCGUAUCUUCUUGGCACCUAAAUUUGAUGAACGUGGUUUACCAUUCUUAUUUAGAGAACAAAGAAAACUUUUUGUUGAACUUGACAAAUUUAGUACAUCAUUAAAAAGGGGAAGAAACGAAAUCGUUCGUCGAUCAAUUGAAUCAUCAGUAACUAUACCACAUGAAAUAACGUAUAGAAACCAAGGAAGUAAUAGACCGGCUGCCAAUUCAGAUGCAGCGCCAAUGUUCAACUUCUGUGGUUGUGGAUGGCCACAAAACAUGUUGAUAGCCAAGGGGUCGUCCGAAGGGUUCCAGUGUCAAUUGUUUGUUAUGGUAUCUAAUGGCGAGAUUGAUCAGGUGGCGAACGCUCAAGGGGACGGGCAAACUUGCGACGACGCAUCGAGCUACUGUGGUGUCCUGAACUCACGUUAUCCGGACGCCAGAUCCAUGGGCUAUCCAUUCGACCGUACACCUCGGGACGGCGUGGUCACUCUCCAACAGUUUUUGACGACCAACAUGGUAGUACAAGACGUACGCAUCCGUUUUAGCAACCGUACGGUUGCUCCGUUGCAAAACGCUACAGCGAACAGACCGACCGCGGCUGCAACCACGGGAGCCAGUGCUAAUAACAAUAGGAGGAACUGAGAACUUCUCGAAUCGUAGUGGAUACAACACGCACGGUUAAGACACCUAAACCUUUAAUUAAAUAAUUAAGUCUAUAAACAGUAUGGUGUACACAGUAGUCGAUGUAUUGACAUGAACAGUUUAACAAAUCCUAAGGAGGGUCACCUAGUUUAGUUUCUCUAUUUUUUAAAUAUUAUAAUAUUAUUACUUACAUUGACUAAAAGAUUUUAACCCCUACGCGUGCGUGUUAAUAUAGUAGUGUCUCGAUUUCAUUUCACUACGUUAUUAUAUAAUAUUAUGUAUCCAUUCGAUUUUGUAUCAAUAUAAUAUAUUUAUUAAUGUA